AUGCAAAAGUAUUCAAACUUAGAGACAACCGAUCAUCAGCAUCUUGAUGCCGAAAUGCAAGGUAAUAUGCGUUUGUUCCGAGCCCAAAGGAACUUUUACAUUUCCGGAUUCGCACUAUUCCUACUGGUUGUCAUUCGGCGAUUAAUACAAUUGAUUUCUGAAUUGGCGACUGUGCUGGCUACAUCAGAAGCUAAUUACCGGCAAGCGCAAAGUGCUUCUGUUGCUGCUAAGUCACUUCUUGAGCAACAUGGAUCGGGUGACGAGAAGACUAAGAAGGAAAUUGAAGAUCUAAAAUCUCAAAUUUUACAGCUUGAAAAGGAUUUGGCGAGAGAGAAAAAAGAUAAAGAAGCUGUUAAAUCUCAAGCGGAAAGUCUCAACAGAGAAUAUGAUAGGCUUACAGAAGAACACAGCAUUCUACAAAAGAAAAUUACUGUAGCAGGUGGUGAUAAAAAGGAUGCAUAG